CCAGAAUGCGACGUCUGAAAUCUGGCAUCCACCAGACGACGACCAGAAAAUAUAAUAAAAUGUGGCGACGUGCGUACCUUCUCUCUGCUGGACCGACCAAGAGACCCGCGUAUCUGUCCGGAUACGCCGCCGGGUUGUUCUUCAACCGAACGACGCAGCGACCUUAAAGCGAGGGAGUUGGAGCGGUGCCAAGCACAGGACCUCAAAGAAGUGUCCUUGGAUCGCGCCGUUGUCGGUUGCGUGCAGGGCCGUGCGUAUCCGGAUACAGUCAGAAUACUUCAUUUCCAUACAACCCAAAACUUCCACCGCGGCCAAGAUGUCGUACGCGUACCUCUUCAAGUACAUCAUCAUUGGCGACACGGGCGUCGGCAAGUCCUGCCUCCUCCUGCAGUUCACGGACAAGCGCUUCCAGCCCGUGCACGACCUGACGAUUGGCGUUGAGUUUGGGGCCCGCAUGAUCAGCAUCGACAACAAGCAGAUCAAGCUGCAGAUCUGGGACACGGCUGGCCAAGAAAGCUUCCGCUCGAUCACGCGGUCGUAUUAUCGUGGCGCGGCCGGCGCGCUCCUCGUCUAUGACAUUACGCGCCGCGAGACGUUUAACCACCUCACGCGCUGGCUCGAAGAGGCCCGCCAAAACUCCAACUCGAACAUGGCCAUCAUGCUCAUUGGCAACAAGUCGGACUUGGAACACCGGCGCGCAGUGAGCUACAAGGAAGGCGAGGUGUUUGCCAAGGAAAACGGCCUCAUUUUCUUGGAAACCUCGGCCAAGACGGCCGCCAACGUCGAAGACGCCUUUAUCAAGACGGCGCAGAAGAUCCAUGCCAACAUCCAGGCCGGCAUUUGCGACGUGACGAACGAGGCGCAUGGCAUCAAGGUGGGCAUGACGGGGUCGGCGGCGCCGUCGGGCUUUGGUGCAGCGGGCGCCAACAACGCCAACAAGGGCGGCUGUUGCUAAGUUAUCCUCGCGGGCCGAUUUUGCUCGUCGUGGCGUAGAUGAUCAAACUAUCGAUGGAUUCGUCGUCGCUCCCUUCUCUUCUCCUCCUCCUCCUUGUAAUACAUGUGAUCUCUUCUUGCA